AUGGCUUCCGACCCAAACAGAGCCUAUCCGGACCUCGAGCGAGGCAGCUCGCGCCACUACAGCCGGGAAAAAGCCAAGCCAACCUCCUCGACGAGGCGCAAAACAACCCACAGCUACCGUGAGUCCGAAACUCUCCUGCCUGCGAUCAACAGCAUUCUCAUGGGUGUUCCAGUCUGCUUCUGCAUCCCCGUCCACGUUGACGCACGGGUCCAGAAGUACGCCCACCGCCGCGGCCUCUGGGCCUUCCUCUGCUGGCUCUUCUGGAUCUGCCUCAGCGCCUUCGCGUGCCGGCCCCCGUCGAGCUGCUGCGCGGAUCCCCCCUCUGCGCCGGUUCGCGUCCGUUCACGAUCGGGAAGCACGCUGUCGCCCGUGGCCUUUCCGUCGAUGAGUAGUACGAUGCCGCCGCGGUCGGCCAGGUCGGUGCGGUCGUCGGGCUCACGGUCGUCGGAGAUAGGCAGCCCCCUGUCGACGAAGCUGUCUUCGAUCCCCGAACGCCACGAGAGUCCCGCCCAUGUCGUGAGGAAACCGCCCGCUGCCGAACUCGGGGUGGAACGCCCGGCUGUUGUCGUCGCGCCUGCUGUCGUCUCCCCCGAGGCACACCAUGCGCCGGACCCCGGGGUGGUGAAGCGACUGGAGAAGGGACAGGUGCACGAUAUUGAAGACGACCGCAUCUCCGUCACAUGA